AAACCCCAUUUGACAUAUUGCAUAAUGAAAACACAUCUGCGAGAAGACGCCACCGUAACCAUACUCCACUGCCAACUUACGAAGUGCCAUCAAUUCUAAGUACGAGUCGCCGUGAAUCUACCACCAAUCAAAGGAAUCGAUCUGCGUCUCCCACUCGAAGAAUUCCUAGUGAAAGGGAUGAGAAUAGCAGUCGAGAUAAUGUAACAUACGAAUCUUUAUCCAAGUUGAUAAAUAUUACUUCAGCUCUUAAUAUAUCUGCAUCACAAAAUGACAGUGAUUUUAGUAUGCCCGAUGUAGGAGGAGGUAGCCAGCCACUGGAAUCUAUAAAUGAGGAGGGUCUUAAUAUUUCUAUUAUUAAAGACAAAAAAGCUAAAUCGCAGAAACUCAUUAAUAAUAGACUGGGAUAUGAUAUGAAAGUUCCUUUACAAGAGCUGGUCUCUAAGGGAAAAAGAAGUGUUUACCAUGUACAUGCUCUAUUCCUAAGAUUCAGUAAGGGUAAAUUUAUAGAUCAUGAUUACUACAGACCUAGAAUCCAUAAGGCCAAUAUGGCGAUAUGUCUAGAUUGUAUGAAGCUUAUUCGUAUUGAUAAU